AUGCCCGACGACAAGAUGGCGCCCAGCGACGUCAAGGAACCCUCUGCGGCGCCUCAGACUCUUGAGCCACCACCCGAGAAACCCUCCGACGCUUCAAGGAGAACCCGCAUCGUCAUCUCCUUUUGGUUGCUUGUCUUCUGUCUUGGUGUACCGAUAUGGUGGAAGACGACAACUAUUUAUCGCGCGAAUCUGCCGCUUGAUGGUAUGAUGCAGUGGGCUGAGGGAAAGGCUUGUCGCCCUGUGUUUCCUCUACAGAUCUCUGUCAAGGCCGAUACGUUGCAAGAUAACGAAGCGCAGAAUCUGGUGCGAUUGACUCAGCAUGCUCUCGAUGAUCAUAAUGACUUUUCGGGUCACCACCUCCGUCUUCAGCUCGCUCCCAAGGGCGGCGCUUCGCCUUCGCCUGCUACCGACGACGAAUCGCACGUUGCUCUAACGAUUCAACUUGCGCCCGGCGAGAGCAACUCUGCCUCUCUCGACCCCGACUCGGCCAUCCUCAACAUCGCAUAUCCCUCGAAUGCAGUCCCAUCCGCUUCAUCGUCUUCUUCAGCCCUUGCGACCUACAUCGCCAACGAGCUCCAAUCGACCUUCCGAGAAGAACAAUCCAUCAUUUCCUACCUCCUUUCGACGUCUUCCGCGCCGGAUGCGAAGCCUCAAGGCCUUACCCCCGAAAUAACCGAUAUGCUGUCCAAGCGAACUACUCGAUCACUGCGAUACUCGCCAACGUACCACCUCACCUUCUCGCUCUUUACCGCUGGCGCUACACCUAGUACUUGGGACAUCGAAAAUGCGAUCGAGGAAUACAUGAAGCCCAUGCUCGAUGUGCUGGGCCCUAUCCACAACUUUACAAUUGAUAGUCAGGUGCAGCUCUAUGCGACACCUGGUGCUCAGUCCCAAGUACUGAGCAAGGAGGACCUCGCAUCCUUCAUCAAUGCUGCUGAGUGGCCUUUAUCACCUUCAAUUGCUGGUGCCCCUACUGUCAACUUUGUUAUCUACAUUGGCGACCAGAAGAUUGGCCUUGAUUCGGAGGCUGAGACAGCUCAGUCGUGGAUGUUUCCUCAAUGGGGCAGUGUGUACCUUCUCAGUCUUCCCGAGACAACGACACAUGUGUCUAGUGAGACGUUGAAGCAACCGAUGCUGACUUUCACUGGCCAUUUGCUGUCGCUCUUGGGAACUCCUCAAUCAGGAUCCCUGCCUCUAAGACUAUCCACACUAUCCCGUAUCCGCUCAGCAGAUCUCCUUCUUCGCGCUUCAUCAACAUUGGGCUCACUAGCAAGACUAUCUCUUGCCCUGCCUUCUAUUUCCAUUCCUCGCAGCGUCGCUGACGGUGUCUCUUCCAGCAUGGAGCAUCUCCAACAAGCAUGUGCCAGCCUCGGCGCGCCUUCUGGACUUCUCCACGCUAGAAUCGCCGAGGAGGAAGCAGAGAGGGCGUUCUUUGAGAAGAGCAUGGUUGGACAGUUGUAUUUCCCUGAUGAGCAUAAGAUUGCGGUUUACUUGCCGCUUCUUGGACCGGUGGGUGUGCCGCUGGUGAUGGGACUUAUUAAUGAGCUUAGAGGUUGGAUUAAGAGGAGGAGACAGAAAGCCAAGGAUGCUUGA